AUGAUCACCGCUGAGCUCCUGUGCAUCAUGGUCGAGGUAGCGCGUCAGCUGGACUGCAUCUCGUCACAAAAAUGGGAAAUCCGAAUUGGCCAUCGAAAUCUUAUCGUUGCUGCUGCUCGAUAUAUGGGCUUUGGCGAUUUCAACAGCCAGAAUAAGAUUUUGAAUGUUCUCUAUGCUAUUUCGACAUCAAACAAAAUGCUUCGACGUGAACAAAGAAUCGAGCGGCUUCGUGUUGGCACAGAAAUGUCGUUCAAUCAGGCCAAUUCGUUGUUGAAUGUUCUCGAAGGUGAUGAAUAUUCGCUGGAAGCGUUGAUUGCAAGAACGCAGUGCUUGAUCAGCUGUCGUGAUGAUAGUGUACAAGAGUUGGUGCGAUCAGCCAUAGAUGUCCUCACCAAUGUUUCUCUCUUAUUGGAGUCUUUCGUCGGCGCAGGUUCUUAUUUCAAGAAUUUUUGUUUUUUAAGAAUUUUGUUCUGUUAG